AUGGUUAUUACUGGUAGUGAUAUUGAAGGAAUUGAUAAUCUCAAAAUAUAUCUCAUUUCUUAUUUUCAGAUGAAAGACCUUGGUUCCUUUAGUUAUUUUCUGGGCAUUGAAGUAGGCAAAUCCAACAAUGGAUACUUUGUAUCUCAGGUUAAGUACGCAUCUGAAAUUAUUCAACGUGCUGGCAUCAGUGAUACUAAUAUUGUGGAUACUCCUCUUGAAGUCAAUAUGAGACAUAGUCCAACAUAUGGAACUCUAUCCAAUCCAACAUUUUAUCGGAAACUGGUAGGAAGUCUCAACUACUUGACUAUUACUAGGCAUGAUAUUAGUCAUGCGGUACGUAGCCUUCAGUUUUCAUCUAAGUAUGAUCUCACCCUAAAAGCUUAUUCAGAUUCGGACUGGGCAGGAGAUGUCACUAAUCGACAAUCAAUUACAGGAUAUUUUGUGUUUUUGGGAGAUUCUCUUAUAUCUUGGAGAAGUAAGAAACAAACUAUCGUUUCUCGUUCUAGUGCUGAAGCAGAAUAUCGAGUUCUUGCUCAUACCACUUCAGAAAUCAUAUGGUUACUGUGGCUUCUUAGUGACAUGGGAAUUCAUCUUCAUAACCAUACACCUAUGUUUUGUGAUAACAAGGCUUCUAUACAGAUCACUGACAAUGAUGUUUUUCACGAAAGAACUUAG